AUGAGGAAGGCAACAUAUGGGAGGAGGUUUAUGUGGACAGAGGGAGGGAAGAUUGGACUUGCUCCAGCUGCGGCGAGGUUAGGAGAUAAGAUUUGUCCUUUACUUGGGGGCCAGGUCCUUUAUGUUUUGAGGGAACGAGGGGAAGGAAAGUGGGAGUUUGUUGGGGAAUGCUAUGUACAUGGGUUGAUGGACGGCGAGGCGUUAGGUCUCGGUCAAGAACAUAAGGAGCGGGUAGAGAAGUUCAUCUUGGCGUGA